UUAGAAAUUCUAUUACUUUUGUCAAUCAUUGAUUUUGAAACGAGAAAAAUAAAUUUAUUUAAGAGAAAUUAUGCCAUUGGAUAAUAAUAAAAGGCCAGCCAAGAAAGAUGAUUUAACCGACAGUGGUGAAAAUGCAGAGGAUUCUAAUAAUAAUAACCAGGAUAAUGAUAAUGACGAAGUAGUGGAAAAUGGCCCAACUACAUCAAAACGUGCACGAGUGGCUGAACCCAAGGAUUAUAAACGACUCCCAGCUUUAUUAAUUCGUCGACGUCAACGGAAUAACAAUACCAAUGGCGAUCAAAUUGCCUUCAAAUCACAAUUUUAUCCAGGUCCCAUCACUUUUGGAGGAAAUGCAGCCAACUGUAUUCCAAGUUUCCCACAACGAGCUACAAAUCCAGAACUUCAACCUCUCGGUGGUGGUCAGCUCAAGAAAACUCACAUGUUGCCAUCAGAAUCUGAAGCCAGCCCAAAAUCGGAAGAGAACCAAAGCUCUGAAGUUAAUUUAACUGGUCUGUCGAGUACGGCUAAAAAGAUAUAUAACAUGAUAAAGGAUCAAGGAUCAGAUAAACAAAAACUAACUUGCUCCACGCAGACAGAUGAUAGCUUUAGCUUUAUAAUAGCAGCCACAAAAUUUAGACAAAACGCAGAACAUUGGAAUAAAAUCUUUAAUGAUUUGCAUUUCACUCGGACCGUCUUGACACCUACCAAAAGAGUUCCACGUACUUUUCUAUUUGACCCACCAUUGCCCUUGCCACCGGCAAGGGAGAGGCAGAGGCGUAUAUUCACAUUUGUAUCACCAAUCGGAUUGGAAGAGGAUUUUAUGAACUACAUGAAUGAUCGGGCAGGUAUAACCAAGGGGCUGGACCCUCUGUUCAGCGGAACGUCUACAGUAUGGGAAUGCGAGACAUGCUUGAUGACAAAUACAGAGAGUCGGCAGCAAUGUGUUGUCUGUGACGCAGCCAAACCAGUUUCAGGGGCUAAUCCAUCUGCAGAAACACCUUUUCCCUUACCAGAAGUAAAACUACCACUAAGCUUGAAGAAAUUAUCAUCUGAAGUGUUGGAUAAAAAAUCGUCGUCAACCGAUUACUUUCCAUCCCCAGUGGCUAGCUAUGAUUUUAGUGAAGCUCUCAAGGCCAAGACGAUUACCAAAAAAUGGACUUGUUGUGUCUGCCAUGCUGAAAAUAAUAUGACCCGUCUGGCAUGUAUUUUUUGUGAAACUUUAAAACCGCAAUCGAGCGAUUCAUCCAGUGAUGAUUAAAUACAAAGAUACUUUCUAUUUCUCGCA